AUGACGCAGCAAGAGGAGAAGGAAUGGCAGAAAGUUCAAAAAAAGACAUUCACAAAAUGGGUGAACGAGAAGCUGGCAAGAGGAGGCCAUGGGGAGAUUGAAGACAUGUUUGAGGAUCUUUGUGACGGAGUAAAACUUGCACACUUGCUAAUGGUUCUUCAGAAGGACAUGGUUGAGUACAAUCCGACGCCAUACACACGGAUCCAAAAAAUGGAGAAUGUGGAGAGAGUCCUUUCUUUCAUAAAGGAAAAGAAGGUCAAGCUUAUAAACAUAGGGGCGUCGGAUAUUGUUGACGGAAACCCAAAGCUUAUACUGGGGCUUAUAUGGUCUCUAAUUUCAAGGCUCGCCAUUGCAGAGAUGGCAGAGGCUGGAGAGCUCUCUAUAAGAAACGAAUUGCUUAGAUGGUGUAAGGAAGUGACCAAUGGAUACAAAAAUGUAAAUAUAGUCGAUUUUUCAAGGAGCUGGCAGGAUGGGCUUGCAUUCAAUGCAAUCAUUCACAGAUUUCGGCCAGAUCUUGUCCCAAACUUUCAGAGCCUUAAGAGUUCUGAGAAGACAUACAACCUAACACAGGCAUUUAAGGUUGCCGAGAAGUUUCUCAAUAUCAAGAGGCUUCUUGAUGUGGAAGACAUAGCAGAGGUAUCCAUUCCCGACGAGAAAAGCAUUAUGACGUAUGUCUCUGGGUACUAUAGGAAGUUCAAGGAGUACGAAAGAGAAAAGUCUGCACGCGAUAGGAUCAAGGGAAUUUUGGAGACUGUUGACUGGUCGAUACAGGCUAGAAACCUUUAUGAGAUAAAGGCAAGAAACCUGCUGUCUUUGAUAAAAAGCCUGAGUAACCAGAAAAAGGAGGUAUGCAAGAUCAUAAGAAGUCUCAACAAAUCAUUUGAUCUGAUGCUGGAGACAAAUUCGAAGGCCAUCCACGAAUCUACUGAGCUUCAUUCCCUUCUAGGGAGUAUAAAUGCAAUCCAUGACCUCUACAGAAUAAAAAAAUACUCUCCGCCAGAGGAUGUGUCUCUGGAUAAGCUUUUGUUCCCUCCUUUGCAGCCUCAAACAGUUGCCGACAGCAUUGAGAUCAAGAAGCUAUUCGAUCCAUCUUUUCAGUCGGAGCUCGAUGCCCUGAAUCGGAUAUUUGAGUUUUUCAAGCACAUGCUCCUAAAGGGAGAAGAUGUAAAAGAGCAGAUCCAGAGCACUUCCGAGCUUACCAAUAAGCUGAUGGAAAUUACAUUCACUCACCCAUUGGCAAAGGUUCAGAAGGAGGGAUUCAAGAGCAUUGCGUCAAAGAAGCUCGAAGCCUUGAGGAAUGCUCAUGACAAUAGAAGCAAGGAAGAGAAGGUUCUUGAGAGUGCUACUUCCCUGUUCAACAAGGUGCUGAAGAAGGAUGAGUGUGGGAUAAGCUCGUCAGACCUAUGCUGGUGCCUAAGCCAGCUAGGCCUUUCGAUAGAUGAGGGAAUGGUUCCAUUUGGCAAUCCAGAGGGCAGAAUAUCCUUAGAAGAUUAUCUUUUAAUAGUUAAAGAGAUGCACAGCACCCUUUUUGAUCCUUCAGAACUCAAAAAGGCUUUUGAGAUGCUCAGUGUAGAUGGUAUCUUGGAUCUCAGAUCUCUUAAUAUCGAAAGCAAGGACCUUAAGAAUGUCUAUCACCUCAAUGGUGAAGACCCUUCUCUGUGUGUGAGUAAGUUUUUCGACGACUUCAUCGAAAAUUAA